AUGUACGACGAACAGCUCCCCUUUUACGUACCGAACACUUCAUCAACACCGAAUUCAUCAUGGCUUGUUCCAACCCCUCAAACUCGAACGGCUGAAGAGCAGUUCCAGUUUGACCUCCAGUGCCAGAGGGAGCAUUUUCGACUAGAACUUCAGCGCGCGAAGGACGACCACGAACGCGCUAUGAGAAUACUGAGAAUGGCGUCUCAUUUUACCAAACUACUCUUCCUCGCUCUCAUGGUAUACCUGAUAGCAGGAAUGGUCUCAGACGUACGCUGUGUUCUCGCGCCAGAAGCCAAGGCAGUAAUCAAGACCACGCCUGCAAUCGACGCCGCACCAGGAACUGAACAGAUUACCGCACAAGAACUAGUGGUGGGACGAUGCGAGUAA